AUGGCUGUCUACUCUAAAGACAGAAAGCUCAACGCAAACCUCAAAAGGUUAGACCAGCAGCACAAGGAUGCUGUACGGUCGGCUAAAGAUACGGAAAUCCUGCUCCAGGAAGAUGCAGGUUUCCUGGAAGCCGAGGGAAUGGAGAAAACCUACAAGUUCACACAAGAUAGCAUAGUCAAGGAGGUCGACCAGGCCACGGCAAACAAGCGAUUCGAGCUCAAGUUGGAGGAAUUUGGCCCUUACACGCUUGAUUACUCGAGAAACGGCCGCGAUCUGCUUAUAGGAGGCAAGAAGGGCCAUGUGGCCUCGUUCGACUGGAGACUGGGCAAACUGGACUGCGAGCUGCAUCUCAACGAAACCGUCCACGCUGUCAAGUAUUUGCACAAUAACCAGUACUUUGCCGUGGCACAGAAAAAAUACGUCUUCAUCUAUGAUAAAACGGGAAUGGAACUCCACAGACUCAAACAGCAUAUCGACUCUACACUGCUCGAUUUCCUCCCCUACCAUUUCCUGCUUACGUCAGCGGGAAACACAGGGUUCCUCAAGUACCACGACGUUUCCACCGGCGAGCUGGUGGCCGAGCAUCGCACGAAGCUGGGUCCCACGCAGUGCAUGAGACAGAACCCGUGGAACGCGGUGAUGCAUCUUGGGCACGCCAAUGGACAGGUCACACUGUGGUCGCCCAGCAUGCCUACUCCGCUGGCCAAGAUUCUUGCCUGUCGCGGGCCUGUGCGGGCCCUUGCGGUCAACAGAGACGGGAGGCACAUGGUCGUUGCAGGAGCAGACAAAACGCUCAAACUCUGGGACAUUCGCAACUUCAAAGAGAUAGAUUCAUAUUACACUCCAACACAAGCUAACACAGUGGAUAUUUCUGACAAGGGUCUGGUCUCUGUGGGCUGGGGCCCCCAUAUCACGGUCUGGAACUUCUUGAAAUCACACCAGAACUCGCCAUACAUGAAUCACAUGAUUCCGUCCUCGCAGAUCCAGACCACGAGGUUUGUGCCGUUCGAGGAUAUAUUGGGCUGUGGACAUAGUAAAGGAAUCUCCUCGGUUAUCGUGCCGGGCGCUGGUGAGGCCAACUUCGACGCCUUGGAAGUCAAUCCGUACGAGACAGCAAAACAGAGACAGCAGACGGAGGUCCUGUCUUUGCUCAACAAACUGCAGCCUGACAUGAUUACGCUGGACCCUAACGUGAUCGGCAGCGUUGACAAGCGCGCCCCAUCCAAAAGACUCACUGCUAAAGACCUUGCGGAGCUGCAACCCUCGCAGCCUGGACAGGAGAUCGAGAAGAAGAUCAAGCCCGAAGUCAAGGGCAAGAACUCGACGGUCCGAAAAGCCAAGCGGAAGCUGCGCCAGAACGUCAUCAACGAGAGGGCCAAGCGGAUCGAACGUGCUCUUGAGAGAGAAAAACUUCUCAGGAAACAGAAACACGACUUCUCUAAGGGCAUCCAACCGGAGAAGGACGUUCUCGAGGGAGCCCUUGGUAGAUUCAAAUAG